ACAGAUGGAUUUUACCUUGCUGGGCACCCGGGACAAGCUGCUUUGCACACCCAGGCCACCCCGUCUAGGGCAGCCCCCAACCCUGCCUCCAGCACCCUCCUCCACGAAAAGGACUUUGGGCACCCACACAGGACCCCCAAGGACGUCCCCAAAGGCCUCGGUGGGAAGGACCGCUCUUACCGAAGCGACCUCUCCUUCUCCCUGGCCAAGAAGGAGGCCAAGCUGCGCGAGGACUCCCGGCCUCACAGCGUGGUGGACCUCACCCAGGACACCAAGCCCGAGAGCGAGAGGAAAACGAACGGAUUUGAGAAGGCCGCGAAGGUCGGGGAGCGCUUGUCUCCCUACCUCGAAGAACACUUGUCCCAUCGGGGGGUCUUCGGCGGAGAACCAAAGUCCAAACACCCCCUUCAGACCUCUUCCCUCAGCAACUGCAACAUGACCGGAAGCGCCCAGGGCUCCGAGUUGGACCGCUGCCCCAAGGACCUCAGCAGACACGACGAGAAUGCGAGGCCUCCUCCUUACGUCUACUCCGACCGGAUCAAGAAAGUCGACGCCGCGAUGAGCUCGGUGGCUGCCUUGCAUGUGGCCUGCAGCUGUCCUUCGCCAGCUCAACCGGGGAAGCUGCCCCCGCCCUCGGCCUUCCCUCCCCAGCCAAUCCACCCCAACAUGUACACCAUCUUCCCCUUGACCAAGGAGUCCGGGAGGGAACACAAGGUCAUCGCGCCCACCUUCGUGCCUUCCCUCGAGGGGUACGACGAGAGGAACGGCCCCAUUCAGAUUGCCUCUCAAGCCCGGGACAAUGCCAAGCUGAAGGAGAAGGAGGUUCCCACCGCUGCCCGAGUGGGGGUCUUGCAGGCCGUCCCCGAGAGGUGCCUGACGGAGGCUUCGCGCAACCUUUUGGCCCAGGAGUUCUCCCUCCACGCAGACGCCAAGCGGAUGGAGAUCCUGCGGGAGAAAAGCUCGGUCAUCAGGGCCAACUCCAUGGUCUUGAAGAAGCAGGCGGCUUCCGAGAACUUCCUGAACAGGCCGAGGUUGAACUCCCCCGAAAGCAGGGAGUACCUCCCUUUGAAGGACUUGCCCAAAGCGGGCUUGGAGGCAGAGCAUCGCUCCUGCGAGCGGGACCGUUUUCAAAGACCCGGCUGCAAAGAAGCCGUGAAGAUCUAUGGCACUUUGGACACCUCGUCUCCUUCCUCCUCUGCUUCCUCCUUGUCCUCUUCCUCCCGGCAGCAUUUAGAUCCCAACCAGCAGCUGAAGCCCCCGGAACAAAAAUGGAAGCCUUUUGAAAUGGGCAACUUUGCCACCACUCAGAUGGCCGUUUUAGCUGCCCAACACAACCAUGCCAAUCGGGUGGAGGAGGACGCCAAGAAGACCUACCUGGAGCCCAGCAACCUGCAGAGGUCCUCCGUGGUGGGAGGCCGGAGCGUGCCAGAGAGCCUCCACCCUCCCUCGCACGGCGAAGGCUCCGCCAUGCAAAGCCUCAUCAAGUACAGCGGCAGCUUUGCAAAGGAGGCGUCGGCACGGCAAGGUGGUGGCAAGAAAAGUCCUUUUGGGGGCCUGGGCAACAUGAAGCUGGACCCUGGUCAACAGCCUUCCCCCAAGCUCCAGCAGCUGCUGCCUCACCAAGCCGGCAAGCAGCUGAAGAAGGAACCAGAGCGGCCUGAAAGUGCCAAGUCUUUUGGACGCGAGAGCAUUGGAUCUCAAGGAGAGGUGGAAGUUAGACAUCUCCCUGUUGGCAUCGCGGUGGCGGUGGCUCGCCAGAAGGACAACAGCAGUGGCAGCAAGCUGGGGCUCGUGGACCGCGACCGCUCCCUCUCCUUGAGUAAUGUGAAAGGUAGGUUGUGGGCGGGGAAGCAUCUGGCUCUGGAUGGGACAGUUGCAACUCCUGCAUUGACCGCAUUGGUUGGGGAAUUCUGGGCAUUGAGGUUCUUGUAGAUGUAGGUUCACUCCUGAGCUUGAGAUGGUUGGCUAGAUGCAGAUGGAGGUAGGAAGCUGGGGAUCGGUGGUGGGGAUUCUCCCAGGUGUUGGUAUCUUUGGAAAGUUUGGACAAGAAAUGUCAGAGUUUUAGCAGUGUGACUAGCUUUAUGUGAUACACCCAGGAGCAAUAACACACCAAGACAAUUACUGUAUUUUUUGGAGUAUAAGAUGCACCCUUUUCCCUCAAAAAAGAGGCUGAAAAUCUGAUGCAUC